AGGGAAUAGCGAAGAGUAAAAGAAACAGCGCGCUCGAGUAGGCAGGUCAUUGCUGUUGUCUGGAGCAACAUGGAAGUGGGCCGUGGAUGAACCUCAGAUCCCUUUCUGAGCUGUGUCCAGAAGGUCCUCAUGUACAAUUAGGAGGCAAGAAGUCUUCUCCAGACAAUAGGGCCAAGUACAGCAUGGUACUGGAAAGAAAAUGGGUUCUACUCGAGUGACUGCAAAGGAGCUCUGUGAGAAUGAUGACCUGGCCACUACAGUAGUGCUUGAUUCCUACCUCGGAUUUAAGACCCAUAAGAUGAAUGUUAGUCCGCUCCCAGCUAUCAAAAGAAAGCACCAUUUUCGAGAGGCAGUGGAGGCCUUCCGGAAGCGCAAAGACCUAGAAGUUGCUUACCAAGCUUUGAUGCAAGGAGGAUGGGCCUGCCAGUAUUUUCAGAACCGGAGCCGUCAGCAGGAGGCUGCCUUCAAGAUUCAUAUAUUUCGCUACCUUCGCAUUUUCCUUCCUGAGAGUGGUUUUGCUAUCAAGCCCUGUAGUCGCUAUUCCCUGGAAAUAAAUGGGGCCCGGGUGGUCUCUACAAAGUCAUGGAAGAAGAAUGACAAGCUGGAGCUUUUGGAGGGCUACAUUGCAGAAUUGACAGAGCCAGAUGAAAGCCUUCUGCGGGCAGGUGAAAAUGACUUCAGCAUUAUGUAUUCCACGCGGAAACAAUGUGCCCAGCUCUGGCUGGGACCAGCAGCCUUCAUUAAUCACGACUGCAGGCCAAAUUGUAAGUUUGUCCCAAUGGAUGGAAACACUGCGUGUGUCAAGGUGCUGCGGGACAUUGAGCCAGAAGAUGAGAUCACAUGCUUCUAUGGCGACGGCUUCUUUGGGGAGAACAAUGAGCUGUGCGAGUGCUGCACUUGUGAAAGGAAGGGGGAAGGAGCCUUCCGAUUCCUGAAUCAGACACCUUUGCAAUCUACCUCAGUCCAUGAAAAAUAUCUACUGAGAGAGACGAACGGCCGUCUGCAGCGGUGGAAAAGCCAGUUGUGUAAAUUGGCUCAACGCAGUGUGAAAACAGGGCGCAAGGCCCGGUACAGGAGGGCACGAUUACGUGGUGCCCUGCGCAAAUCCACCCUACGCUGGGUUUAUAGAAUCCUCAAGCCUCUGUACAUCCCAUUGCACAACUGCCUGGCCUGCAGUGCACGUAGGUGCAAGAUCCGUAAGCAGCUGUUGGUGCAUCUGCCUCGUUGUCCUCCUUCUAUGUUACCAGCACUGCAUCCUUGGCAUUCUUUACAUAGCAAGGGAAGCCAUUUGGGGGCCCUACAAGACCGCUCUUUCGCAAGAACACACAACAGGCCUGUGAUCUUGGGUUGGGCUGAACGGGGAAGCUUGUUUGUAGAUCUUGGCAAGAGAGUGACUGUAGACUUGGCAGAGUCUGAGAGAGGAGGGUGUGGGACUGGGAAGAGAGAGCUGCAUAAUGGCAGUGUGGAGCUUAGGCAGGGCUCUGAGGAGCAUGGUACAGGAAAUGUGGAGAGGCACUCUGAGAUCACCGGGCCAUGUAGUUUAGGGUCUGAGGUAUUAGGCUCAGGGGAUCAAGAACCCCUUGGCUCAGGGGAUCAAGAACCCCUUGGCUCAGGGGAUCAAGAACCCCUUGGCCCAGGCGAUCAAGAACCCCUUGGCUCAGGGGAUCAAGAACCUCUUGGCUCAGGGGAUCAAGAACCCCUUGGCUCAGGGGAUCAAGAACCCCUUGGCCCAGGCGAUCAAGAACCCCUUGACUCCUCUUGUUCCUCUAGCCAGUUACCCUACAGGACAAGGAGCAUGACCCGGCACCAGGCUCAGAUUUUGCACAAACUCCCACUGCCACCGCCAGCAGCAGACCCCAAACUUUCCCAGUAUGCUCAUGUUCAUCUUGGAGGCAGGCAGCGCUGGCAGCAGCCCCCUCCUAACCAGAUGGAUAAGGACCAGGCAGAGGAACACCAUCCCCCCAAACAAAUGCUUUCUUUUCCCCCUUUCAUGCCAUCUAAGCGACUCCGACUGGUGGUCAGCCACGGCUCCAUCAACCUUGAGGUAGCUUCCAGCUCCUCUGAUGAGCUGUUCUGAUUUGACUGGUCUCCAGGUAAAGGGGUACUGAGAAGAAACCCCAACUUUUUUUCUGAACUUUGGUUUGUUUAGAAAUCAGGACAAAACCCCUAUACCAGAAUUGGCCUGAAAGCAUCUGUUCAUACCCUUCCAUCAUCUUGCUGUACGGGGUGAGAAGUCAUCUCUUCUGUCCUGGUGUGAUAAAGCCCUGUACACCUUAUGGGGUAUCUGUGCUGAGAAUCCAACCCUGUAAUCCUUCCAUCUGUUUUUCUAAUGCAGGUUGUUUCACUUGUCCCUUCCAGGGAACUUUAUCCCACCAACAUUUGCCCCACCCCCUUUGUAAAAGCACACAACCACCUGGUCAAACCUUACUUCAGAACUUUGAAACGUAAGCCAUAUAGUAGUAGGCUGCAUGGAUGCUUGGUACUGACUCUCCUUGCCCUCUUUUCUUAAAUCUACUUGCUCACUCCCAGAGUCCUUCUGCCUUUUGACUCUAGGUGUCCUCACUCUGUAGUCUUUAGUAGUUUAUCCAAGGACUACUCAGAAGAACGGACCCCUCCGCAGGCACAUGUGGUGCUUUGCUAUUCAUUGCCCAUACAGAGGCUGUAAUGAUAGUGUGGGUGAAGUGACUUCUGGGUAAAAGAAACCGACAUCCAAUCAGGGAAGCCUCUUAUAUCAUUAUUAAAAGCAAACCAGCAACCACAAGUGCACAUUUGCAUGCAACCCAUUUAGCGUAAAAUUAAUGGCUACCAUUUGCUGAACAGGUUGAUCUAGGGAAUGAAUUCCCCCUUUCUCCUCCUUUUGGGUGCCUAGUUAUAAGACAUCUGAUUUUCUACUUUUAAAACCAGGUUUAUAUUAGCCAGAUUUGUCUACUGUUUUUUUUCCCCUCAGUGGGGCUUUGAUGCUACUGUGUAUUGGAGUUUUUAAGAUUCUUAAGGUAUUAAGGAUUUUUAUUUGGUGUACAGUUCUCAGUUGAAGUUGAUAGAAUUUUCAUUAUACUGGUGAAAUGGGUGAAUUAGAAUAUAUGCAAAUAUUCCACAUUGCAGUCUAGCAGUAAAGAAUGAGAUCUUGUAUUGAACAGUUCUGACCAAGGACUGCUUGACUCAAAGCAUUAUGAUAAGGGUCUGUCCCUCUGUGAGGUGCAGGCUUGAGCAGAAUAAAUAAUUCUGUCAGUCUAGUGGUGGUUGGGUUCCAUUGAAAACCCAUUGUUAAAAAGUAAUUUUCUGUAUAUUUGCCUGCUGGUCCAUUUCUGACAGUUCUUGGGAUUUUCAGUAGGUGGUGCUUCAAGCAAUCUCUUUUGGUCACUGGGAUAUUUAGAAAUCUGAGGGUUAUCUGGGACUCUUGAGCAACUACUGGAUCCACUAGAGCAUUGCAGCAACCUUUCCCUGAGUGUGUUUGCUUCAUUGUUUGGGCAGAAUUUUUGCAUUGAACUUUGAAGUGCUGAGUUGAAUAUGCGCUUAGCCAGGAGUCAUUGGAGGGUCUGAUUUCUUCCUUCACUUUAUUUUCUGUGUGGAACUUGGCUUGUUGCAUUUCAGUUGUAGAGAGGCUCUUUAUAUCAGAGGCAGGUGCCUGCCUAUGAAUUACACUAGUGCCCAUUGUUCCUUGAUGUCUGAUAUUGAGAGAUCUGUCUUGAACAACCUUCAGGAUUGCUUUUUUGGCUCCAAGACAGACAUGUAUUGUGGUUCAGACAACCUGUUUUUCACAGCUCUUCAGGCACAAGUGCUGAUACUUGUGAUAUUACUUGUGUUUUGUAGAAGCAGUUUUUAGAUGUAGUUUUUGCUAUGUACAAAGGGGGAACUUGCAGCUAGGAGAAGUUAUUACUGCUAAUUCUGUCCCAAGAAUGAAAUUAUUUAUAAUGCAGGGGAAAUCUUUGUUCAUCUCAUAGCUUUGGAAAAGACAGGCCUGUCUUCAAACCUUCAGAGAGAACCCACAGCCCUUUAGCUAUGAAUUUUGGCCUUGUGUGGGUCCUAAUAGAGUGUAGCAGUGGUAGACUCGGGAGGAGCCCAUAAUCUAUGUUAUGGAGAAUGUUCACGGAUGCUGGAAAUUAUACAGGUGUUCUCGAAAGCCUUUGUAGAAGUGCACUCUCAGCAUAAAAAGGGACAUUUUACACCUUACCAGGUCAAUAUUUAUACAGUCCAUACUCUGAGGCAAAGUUUUAAAAUAACCUUUUUUGGGCUGUCUGUUUGAGUGUCUCUUUUCCUCCUUACAUAAAUGUUCACAGUUUAUGCAUAUUCUCCAUGUAAUUCUCUCUAACUCUGGUCUGCACAAUAUACCAUCAGCCACUGUAUUGUUCACUGAAAAAGCUGAUCUGUAGCUGAAAUUGCACAUCUUUUACUGUUUGCAUGUCUGAUGUAUGCGCACGUAUUUUCUCUUUUUUGUGGCUUUGUUCCCCCACCCCCCAUCCCAAUUUUCUAGUUUAAUACUUGUUUCUUCAUGGAAAAAUGAUCCUGGUUACUUCUUGCCAUUUGUACAUCCUCAUUGAUUUCACUGACACACAAUGCCUUGUGGUGCGUCUGUCUCCGUUAUGGUGCUCAUUUUGUGCCAAUGUCUGGCUCUGCCAGUGCUGUCCUGGCCACAAAUGUGCCCACAUUUCCUUGUCCCUAUGCUGCAUCAGAACAAAUUACUGAGCUUCUGUAGUGAAGAGAUCAAGAAAUAGUUCAAGAUGUUCACUUUCAUCUUUGUGUAUCGCUGUGCACAGUACCAGCAUCUGUGCCAAAAAUGACAUUUUCCUAACCUGCUCUGGGUCCUGGUGUGCUUAACUGAGUCUGGACCUCUUGUGUUUCCUGCCUGCUACUGUGUCAAUUUGUGGUUGUCUUAUGUUUGUUGAUUGUAGUGGACUAGAAUUCAACCUAUAGGUAGUGCUGUUGCAUGGGUACUGGGGAGGGGGGAAGGGAGUGAGGCGGUCAAGGGCUUUUUGUCGUGAAGCAUUGUGGGAGGGGGGUGGAUGUUGCCAGCCAGGACACUUAUGCUCCCUGUUGAAAGCAGGGGUGGGGCUCAGUUUUCACCUUUCUGUGCCUCUGUUUCCCCAUCUUUUCAGGUGGGUUUUACAUUUUAAGCUACCUCGUUUGGGGUGGAGGCAUCAAUACCCCUCUAGGCUCUGUUUUUAAUCUGCUCUUUUAGUACUGCGUCCAUUAGCCACAUUCUCCCUCAUCCCAUAGUUUAUACAACUUUGAAAUAUGUGUAUUCUCAUGAAUGGAGGGUUGCUGGCCAGUAAACCGAGAAGCAAACCCAAUUAACUGCUGUCCUUGUAUGACAUGUAAGUGAUUUUCUUUCCUCCCAAUCAGAAAUUAGUCACAGUUCUUGUUUAGGCAUCGACUCAACCUCCUUCUUUCUGCCCUGUCAAAAUCCAGUCUCCGUUGUCAUCGCAGACACAUUGUCAUCUGUUACAUUUGUUGCUUCUAGCCACUGUAAGAGGCUUUUGAAGCAUGUUCUUGGCCUGGAGCCAAUCUUAAUUCAUUGCACAAAAACAAACAUGCCCUCCUACUAUAACAUCCCCAUUUCUCCUACUCCAGCACCACCUGUGUAAAUUCAUUCUCAGGAAGGUGUCCAGACACCUUAAACCAUAUUGGGGGGGGGGGGAGGGAAUAGACUGGACAAUGGGAAAGGUCUCUGGGAUAGCUGGGUUCCUCAGGGAAUGGUGGAGUGUAGGGCUUCAAAGCACUGCCUUCCAUACCAGUGUUCAGGAUUUCUAACUAUACUGUAUCAGGUUCAUUGCUCACUCCAGUUCAUGCCUACUUUUAUAAAACAAUGGGGGUUGCUUGACCCAUAAUAUGCAGGAUCUAGGGUGGGGUGGGAUACGUGGCCGCACUGUCUCCCCUCUCCAUCAUUUUCCUAAUGCUUUAUUUAAAUAUAGGGCUCUUCCAGCACUUGUCUGUUCACCUUAGGAAAGUUAAAAUGGGGCAAGUCUGGAAUUUUGUGUGUGUGUGUUCUUUUCCCCCCACCCCCCUUGCACAGGAAGGAGUGUGUGAUGCCACAGGUGGUAUAUAUUUACAGGGCUGUGUCUGUUCUUCAGAAUUCAAAGCCAGGAUAAACCAAACACUGAACUCUCAUAAACUACAAAAAUCUGGUUUUUCGUUCAGUUGCUUUUUAAAGAUUUAAUUUCUUUUAACGAGAUGGACAAUAAGUUAUGCAGGACACUGAAACUGUGACCGCUAGAAUUCUGUUCAGCUCCUUCUGAUCCUUGUUGUGCUCCCGUGGGGUUUUAGUUUCGGAGAUUCAGCCAGGUCCAUAAGCUCUUAAACCUGUUAUUGCAGUCUCAAAGGCUACAGACUUGUGGGAUAGGGUGAUGGGAUGCGCUCAGCCCUGAGUGUGGAUUGAGGGUGGGGAGGGGGAGGGAGAGGCAGGGUGGACUUUUUAAUGGUGCUAAACUGGAGAGGGUGGUUGGAGGGUGCUCUUGACUCCAGAAGUGAGAGUUGGAGGCCUCAGGGUAGACCUUGCCCCCAUGAUCAGGCAGGUAUCCUGUAAAGGGGGGGGGAGGGCGAAGGCAGAAACAGGUGUUUGCAUUUUUAACGGUGUGUGUUCUAGGGGAUCGUAUGUAAUACUUUUUAAAAUACUUGAUUGGAAUAAAAGUCUUUUAAAACUA